GAAGAAGUGGAAUACGACGACGAAGAAGAAGAAGAGUCUACUGUCUCUGCAGAAAUGGCGGACACGUUCGGACAGGUCGUGCUGGGGGCAGGGCUCACCGUCCUUUCUCAUCCCCUGAUGUACAUUAAAGUGCUUAUCCAGGUUGGACACGAGCCGCUGCCUCCCACUCUGGGCCGGAACCUGUUCGGCAGGCAGGUCCAGCAGCUGCCAGGCCUUUUUGCGUAUGCCAAACACAUCAUUAAAAUUGAUGGAAGAAGCGGCCUCUACAACGGCCUCGGUCCAAGGCUCUGUGCUGGAGCUAUCGGUACAGUUGUGCACAGCAAUGUUCUGCAGAAAUGUCAGGAAAAGGGCAAACCUCAGCUACUGGGUGGCCAGCAGAAACCUGCUGAAGGCUCUCUAGAACAUGUUGUUAAUGAGACGACCAAAGAGAUGAUCGCCCGUUCUUGUGCCAGCAUCAUCACACAUCCGUUUCACGUGAUCACUUUGAGAUGUAUGGUUCAGUUCAUUGGGAGAGAAACAAAAUACAGUGGCGUGUUUAGUUCUAUCGUCACAGUCUACAGAGAAGAAGGUGUUUGGGGCUUCUUUGCUGGUUUGAUCCCUCGCCUGCUGGCUGACGUCCUGUCUUUGUGGAUCUGUAACCUUCUGGCUCACGCCUUCAACACGUAUGCCAUCGAUGACUCGAUGAGUCACACCGGAGAGAUCAAGAACUGCUCCCAGGCGGUGACAGGGUUCUUUGCCAGUAUGCUCACAUACCCUUUUCUUUUGGUGUCCCACCUCAUGGCUGUCAAUAACUGUGGGCUGGCUGGAGGCCUGCCUCCCUAUGCAUCUGUAUAUCCAACCUGGGUGGACUGCUGGAGGCACCUCAGCAGGGAGGGGAACAUGGGAAGAGGCAACAGUUUGUUUUUCCGGAAGCUUCCAGCUGGAAAGACAUACGCCUUUGACCAGAAGAGAUUUUUUUGAAACCCUAAAGAAAGCUCAGCUCGAUUAUAGUUGUAAUAAUAAAAUGAAACAAACAUAAAAAAACUAAAACAAAAACAAUCUGACUAGAAGGCCCAACGGUUGGCACUUAAUCUUUUGUAUGCUCUGGUUUACAGUGGAUUUUUGCUGUCUGUCAUCACAUGAAGUAAUGUGUCCAGUUAGUUUUGGCCAACAUUAUUUAAUAACAGAAGUAAAAGUGGUGGAGUAGAACCAAUUAAUGGAUCAGGUGUUCAAGUCCUGCACGGCCCAAAAACUUUUUUUUUUUUUUUUUUCGCAGUCCUGUGAGUAAAUUCCCCCCCUCUCCCUUCAACGUUUUCUACAGAUUACCUGAUACUGACUUCACUAACAUGAGAUGUGGCAAUUGGGUGAAGAGGCAUGUGAUGUUCUGAAGGGGCCUGGCCUUGUAAAACAGGAAAUGCGUCUAAUUGUAUGUGAAUGGAAAGUUGAGCUGAACCUAGAGGUGCUUGUAUAAACUGGCUGACCCAAAUAAAACCCUUUUUGACCCAG